CUGCGCGCGAAUCAUUCACAGUCUGCCCGAACAUGAAGCAAGUGUGCAUUCUUCUGGCUGUGCUGCUUUGUACGGCAGCCAUCGCCGACGCCAUGGUGUUUACCUACGCGUCGACGUGUGCGAGAUGUAAAAGCAUCGGUGCGCGGUACUGUGGCUAUGGAUACGUCAGCCGGAAGGGAGUCUCAUGCGACGGCCAGACCGCCAUCAAUAGCUGUGAGGACUGCAAGCGCAGGCUAGGGCGCUGUUCGUCCUCGUUCAUUACGGAGUGCUUCUUGUGAGCCGCCGGGGCCGGAUCACAACCGGAAGAG